AUGAGGUGCAGGUGGCCACCUCGGCCACGAUGUGCCAGCAGCUCUGCCCGCGGUGGCGAGCCUUGCCAGCUCUGGGCCCUGCUGUGGAGGGGAGUCCCUGUGCCCCACUGGCAGCUGAGGGCCUCAGCAGCCUCCUCUCUCCAUAGGCGCCUCUCUGCAGCUUCAGAAGCCCACCUGGAAACCAGCAGCCGCACCUCAUGCCCGGACAGCUGGACCAGCGGCCCCGGCAGCCCUGAGAGCCAGGCUCAAAGCGAGCAGCCGCUGGUCCGGCCUGAAAAGCCACCGCGUCCACCCCCGCCACGGUUCACGCGCCCGGACAGCCGGACCAGCCACCACGAGAACUUUGAGAACCGGUCCCAAGGUGAAGAGCAGCCAGUCCAGCCUGCAAAACCAGCGCACCCGACCUCCCCACAGCCCUUGUGCCCGGACAGCCAGACGAGCCCUCACGACAACCUUAAGAGCUGGUCCAAACGUGAGCAGCUGCCGGUCAGGCCUGAAAAACCGGCGCACGCUCCCUCGGCACAGCUCUUGAGCCCGGACAGGCGGACCACCUCUCCUGGCACCCCUGAGCUCCAGACCCGACGCCAGCAGCUGCCACUUAAGCCUGAAAAAACGGUGCACCCACCCUCCCCACAGCUUUUGCGCCCGGACAGCCGAACUACGCAUCCUGGCACACCUGAGCUCCAGACCCAAUGCCAGCAGCUGCCACUUAAGCCUGAAAAACCGGUGCACCCACCCUCCCCACAGCUUUUGCGCCCGGACAGCCGAACUACACAUCCUGGCACACCUGAGCUCCAGACCCAACGCCAGCAGCUGCCACUUAAGCCAGAAAAACCGGUGCACCCACCCUCCCCACAGCUCUUGCACCCGGACAGCAGAACUAUGCCUCCUGGCACACCUGAGCUCCAGACCCAAUGCCAGCAGCUGCCACUUAAGCCUGAAAAAACAGUGCACCCACCCUCUCCACAGCUUUUGCGCCCGGACAGCCGAACUACGCAUCCUGGCACACCUGAGCUCCAGACCCAACGCCAGCAGCUGCCACUUAAGCCAGAAAAACCGGUGCACCCACCCUCCCCACAGCUCUUGCACCCGGACAGCAGAACUAUGCCUCCUGGCACACCUGAGCUCCAGACCCAAUGCCAGCAGCUGCCACUUAAGCCUGAAAAAACAGUGCACCCACCCUCUCCACAGCUUUUGCGCCCGGACAGCCGAACUACGCAUCCUGGCACACCUGAGCUCCAGACCCAACGCCAGCAGCUGCCACUUAAGCCUGAAAAAACGGUGCACCCACCCUCUCCACAGCUUUUGUGCCCGGACAGCCGAACUACACAUCCUGGCACACCUGAGCUCCAGACCCAACACCAGCAGCUGCCACUUAAGCCUGAAAAAAUGGUGCCCCCACCCCCCCCCAGCCCAUCACCAGCCAACCUCCAGCUGCGUAACCAGUGCAGCACCCUCCAGUCCCAGCCCCAACAGAGAGGACCCCCCAGCCCACCUCCCCCCUCCCCAGCCAUCCUACAGUUGCCCAAUCAGCCCAGUGCCCACCAGCCCCAACCAGAAAGGUUCCCCCGACCCUCAAGGCCACUGCUCCGGCCCUCCUUCAGGAGGUGA